CAGAAUACCAAAUGUAACUACAAUCAAAGUGAUUAAAUUUUGCAAUAUAACCCAUUUUACUGGUGGCUAAUUAUUUUUCCACGCUAAUAUUCCCAGUUAUAUAAACAAAAAACCGAACAGUAUUUUUUUUUUUGUGCUUAAUUAGAAAUUUAUUGUUCUGAUAUGAUGAUGAUGACUUGUUCCGGCGUGGAGGAGAAAAAGGUCGUUGGCGGCGGCAACACCAUGUUGAUAGGGAAGAGAUGCGACGUCGGCCGCCACGACGAUGAAGUACUGGUGCCGAGUAAUCAUCAGAUAGUCCAUAACCAAGUGGAGAAAAUAAAACAAGAAUCACAAAAUGAUGACGUGGAGUACUGGUCACCGCGGCGGCAUCAGCAGCAGAAGAGAAGAAGCGUUGUUGCUCCGGCGGAGGCGCCACCCAUUUCGACAAGGCAACAACAUUACUCUCGGUCAAGACUCGGAAGCAGCCAUUAUGCCAUCAAUAAAAUAAGCACCGACCGAAUGUAGAAGCCAUCCUCAGUUGAAAUACACCACCGGAAAAGUUUUCGCAAGACGGAAGCGAGAGAAUUCUUCGAUUGUAAAAGUCUUCCCUUGUGCCAAUUGAACCAAUUUUUAAGAUGAAGAAUCUCAAAUUCGGAGAAUCUUCAUGCUCUAAUGCCUCUGAUGGGGAAUUUGAACCUACUGCACCUAUCUCUGUCACCAUCGGCGGCUAUGGAGGAAAUGGAAUUUUGACGUCUUACCCUGAUAGAAUUUGGUGAGUGGUGAGAUUAUUUCAAUUUCUCUCCUCUUAUGUGGCUAUAGUUCACCGAUGCCCUCUACUGAUUGAUGUUGUUUUGGCCUAUUUGAGUCGAAGUUUUCUUCCCCAAAUUCCUUUCCGAAAACCA